AUGGCUUUCCACCAAAGAUCGACCAGUUUGCCAUCUAGGCCUCACGUCAGUGAGACCGAAGUCGAGCUAGAGCUUGAGAGCCUAGAAGCAAGCAUCUCUUCCUCAAAUUCCAUCAGCAUAAUGUGUGAUGGUCUCAGGAGACUUGCAAACAUCUACGAUGGUCUUGAAGAGAUUAUUGGCCUACCAAGCAACCAAGUUUGCUCCUCCCAGGAGAGGAACAUAUUGGAUGAAGAAAUGGAAGGUUCUCUCGAGCUGCUAGAUCUCUGCAGCACCAUGCAAGAGAUCUUCGUCGAGAUGAAGGCCAUCGUCCAAGAGCUGCAAGUGGCUCUAAGGAAAGGGGAUGAUGCAGCUACUCAAGCCAAGCUCCAAUCUUACACCCGCUUGGUGAAGAAGGCCAAGAAUCUUUUCAAGAAGAACACAAAGAAGACUCCUGCAGAAUACAAGAUGGUCAUGCUGUUGACCAAGGCCAGAGAGAUCUCUGCCUCUCUGCUCGAGUCCACACUCCGUCUUUUGUUGAAGCAAAUCGAAAUGCCUAAACAGUCUCUUGUUUCCAAGGCAUUUCACAAAAAGAAGGCAGUUGUUUGCAAUGAGGAGCAAUUGCAGGAGUUAGAGUGCAGUAUCGGAGAUCUUGAGAGUGGAGCAGAACAUUUGUUCAGGAAAUUAGUCCAGAACAGAGUUUCCCUACUCAACAUCCUUAGCUCAUAGAUUCCCAAGUCACUCUUGACGCCCUCCGAUUGGCAUCCGCCUUUUAAGGAAUAGCUGAUCUU